AUGAGUACACGGAACCAACAAAGCGAGCCAGGUGAUCAGCGCAAGAGACAAGAUGAAGGAGCCACAAUGCAUGGUCUCCCUUCUAAUUCAGCAGCGACUGAUGACGACCCUCCCUCUAACUUGAAUAUUCGAGAACUGCAAAGCCCAGAUAAUCGCAGAGGUAGAUCAAGCAAGUCGCCUCGGACGCCUCGUGGGAGCAAUUUCAAAAAGUCGUCGCCGAGCCGUUCGUCUUCACACCACAAUCGCAGAAGGAAAAGCAAUGAGAAAAGGGCAGAAAGUCGAUCAAACUCUCAUGGCAGAAGUGACGAUUCUAAGGAAUUGAGUCCGACACGUCGUCGAAGAAAGCUCAGUGCCGAUCGUGAUUCAAAUUAUGCUACAAGUGAUGAUUCAAAGGAGAUGAGUCUGUCGCCUCGUCCAAGAAAAUCCAGUGGCGAUCGUGGUUCGAGGCACAGUAGUAGACACCGCAGUGGUUCAAGGCACAGCAGUAGACCCCGUCGUGCUGACGUUGAAUUGAAUCUGACUCCACGUCGGAAAAGCAGCACUGGGCGUGUAAAAAGCUCACCACGCAAUAGAAGCUAUAGUGCUGAUGGUAUAUCGAGCUCGGAUAGAAGGAAGAGCGCUGACAAGUUAUCGAAAUCUGACAGGCAUUCGAUGAGUCGCUCAGAUCACGGUGGGCGGUCGUCACGAGAUAGGCGAAACAGUGGCGAUGGUAAACGACACAGUGGUGAUGGUAGGCGUUAUUCCAACGGUGGCUCAGACAAGAAAUCAAGCAGCCGAUCGCCUAGAAGGGGAGGUAAAAGAACAGUUCCGCGACCUCUUGAUUUCAGGAGCAAACCAUCCAAGGGCGAUACUAGUACCGAGAUUGUCUCAAGUGCCGCACCGUUGGCUGGUGCCAUCGACAGUGACGGAGAAUCUGAUGCUGACUCAGAAAACGCUAUCCAGCCAGAUGUGGAGGCUGAUCGUAUGAAGGCAGAUGAGGAGGUUGAACGCAUGAAGGACGCAUCCGCCAGAAACCGUAGUAGCAGUCGCAAUCGGAGUAGCAAACCUGCCAAGAGGACCAGCACCGACACUUUGGGAUCCAUGGCUGUUCUCACCGAAAGUGACGAUGAUUCUGAUGACAAUUCAGAUCACGCAAUCCUCCCAGAUGAGGAGGCUGAACGCAUGAUUGACACAUCCAACAGAAGCCGUAGCAGCAGUCGACACCGGACUAGUAAACCUGCCAAGAGGACUAGCACCGACACUUUGGGAUCCAUGGCUGUUCUCACCGAAAGUGAUGGGGAAGCUGAUGAUAAUUCAGAACGCGCAAUCAAUCCUGAAACACAACCAGCAAGUUUAUUAAGCCCAUCCAAUACCUCAAAAAGGACAAAAGCAUCGCGGAAAAAGUCAAAAUCAUCGAGAGGUAGCUUAGAGUCUAUGUUCAGCCCUUCAUCUGCCACCGUCGCUACCAGUAUGACCAGUGCAACUACCAGCACUCUCUACGGAAAUGCUGAUGAGGAUGUAAAGGCAAAGGCGAAAGCUUCCAAAGGUAGCUUCCCGCCAGCAACCGUACCAGGAGUGCAAUUCACUCCGUCCUAUAGCGCCGUCUCGAAAAAGGCAAAGGUGCCAAAGGAAAGCUUAGAACACUUCAUGUUAAGUCCUUCGGGUGGUGCCACCGUGGCUACCAAUAUGAGUGCUGCAACCACCAGUACGCUCUACGGGAAUGGUGACGAGGAUGCCAAGGCGAAGGCGAAGGCUUCCAGAGGAAGUUCUCAAUACGCAAGCAACCCAGGUGUGGAGAGCGUCAGUAUGGCGGCUUCUGUUGGAGGCGAAAGUACCUCCAGUAGUGCUGUUGGGACUCUAUAUGGAAGUGAUGCAGACGCCAAAGCCAAGGCAAGAGCUGGACGAGGUGGCUCGACAUAUGCAGCCAACCCGGGUGUUGAAAGAGUGGCGCUUACGGCAGCAAUGGGACCCGUGGCUGAAAAUGUGGAUGAGGAGAAAGGUGGGGAAGAACCUGUUGCAAGACCAGUGUCAAUCGGAGGAACAGAUUCCGAGUCCGAUAGCCAUCCGAUAGGCCAAAGUCAGAUCCACAACGAUGACCAAAGGAAGAAAGAAGAGAAGAAAGAAGGAAAGAAAAAGAGGAGGAGGGGGGUUGUCUUCUGCUUGUUAUGCUGCUUUUUAUUACUUGGUGCGGGCAUAGCUGUCUGGUUCUUUGUCUUUCGGAAUGACGGCAGUGAUCAAGAUAGUCAAAUCAACACUUCUGGCAUCCAAGAUCCAUCCACAGCACCGUCGUCGCAGGCUACAACAAUCUUCGCUCCAGGUCCGUCGGGUAGUGUGCCCGGUUCUCCAACUGGCGCGCCAGUCUUGGAAGAACUUCUAUUCGAGCCUCCCAGCCAAUCAAAUUGCGAUGCCAUUGCCAAAAACGAAACCAUCGCUGGACGAGAUGAGCUGGAUAAUGCUGAUUUCGGCUUGGGUUUAGAAGUCGUGCUGUCGGAGAAUACCACCAUGACAAGAUCAUUGGUGGACGACUUGUUGAUUGCAAUUCAAGAGAAAAUUCUUCCUUCCAUCGCUGGUUGCAAUAUUCGUGCGGACGAAUUUGUAGAGGCCUGGCGUUUUGUCAUCUUCGACGCCUUCGUAAGUGGCAAUGCUAAGCCGGACGAAACGUGCAAGAAUGAAGAAUUGGUAGCGCAGAAUUGUCAUAGGGUGAAUGUUCAAUUGGACGUUUUCUUGAAAGGCGUUGUUAGGUUUCUUGAUAUCAUUCGUCUGAUCAGUGAUGAAGAGGUAAACAUCGCGAAUAAUCUGGAGUUGUCUGAUCCAUUUUCGAUCAUUCAACUGGUUGAGAUCGACAGCUUGACCCCAACGAAUGCUCCGACAACCAUGCCAAGCGAUGCACCAAGUUCCUCGCCAUCGAAAGGUCCGACAUCAAUGCCGACUUCUCUUCCGACAAGAUCACCUUCAAAGUCUCCAACACAAAUGCCGACUGUACCGGGUCAGACACGUGUGCCAAGCGUAGAACCAUCAUUAGCACCAAGCGCUUCUCCAACCGCCACAACAGUACCUACAGCGUUGCUUGUUGUGCCAACGGCUUUUCCAACAGAGGGUCCAAGUUCACGUCCAAGUAUGGCACCAAUUGUGGAUCCUACACCACCCCCAACAAAAAGUCCAACAAAAAGUCCAACAAAAAAUCCAACGGAGAGUCCAAGUACGCUUCCAAGCAUGGCACCGGUUGUGGGUCCUACACCGCCCCCAACGAAAAACCCAACAAAAUUCCCAACUGUGAGUCCAAGUGCGCGUCCGAGUAAUGCACCGGUUGUGGGUCCGACGCCACCCCCAACGAAAAACCCAUCAAAAAGUCCAACUGUAUUCCCAAGUGCUAUGCCGAGCCCACGGCCAACUCCCUUUCCCACGGUGAGACCUAGUGCCACACCGAGCAAAUCACCAACAAAAACACCAAGUGCUGCUCCAACAAAACCACCUACUAAGAGACCAACCGAAGCGCCAACGAAGAGACCAAGUACAUCACCCUCUUCAAAACCAAGUUCUUCUCCAUCUACUUCACCAAUCGUGCAAACUGUCUCCUUUGUUGUACUAGCAGAAGGUUCAAGGUGUCCCCAAGGCGGUCGUGAUACUUUUUUCAGUGUCAGAGCAAUUUCAAGCUUGGAGGAAUGCUUUGACUUGUGCGUCAACGCUGCAGGAUGUUCCAAGUUCUCCUACAGUGAAAGCAAUAGCGGGGUAAACUGUGGGGGGUGCAACGACAAUGCACCUUUGACCACGAGCACCGAUUUUAUCGUGUAUCAGUUGAAUCCUUAG